CCGUUUCACGCAAUGUUGUGGGCCCGCGCGGCGCGCCACCACCGCCGCUCGUUCUCGGUCCGGGAAUUGUCAGUCUCGUCGAAUGCGCUGCGGUUCCUUAUCGUUGAUGGAUACUCCCCUGAAGGACGGGUGGAGCUGACAAAGAGCGGCGCGAGUGUCGCGUCGGAGUUGUACAAGCGCAUGCUUUCUGAGAGCGCGGACGGGCUUCCGACUUCGUUCAACGUGCUCUUUCCAUCGGAUGGUCCUUUUGAAAAACCCGACCUCCACAAAUACGAUGCCGUCGCAUGGACUGGAUGCAGUUUGACUGUACACGAUACACUUGACGACCGCGUAACUCGGCAGCUGGAACUCGCUAAACAAUGUUAUGCACAUGGCAUUCCGCAGUACGGAAGCUGCUGGGCAGCGCAGAUCGCUGUCGUUGCAGCGGGGGGCGUCGUCUCCAAGAACCCUCGUGGACGCGAGAUGGGAUUGGCACGAAAGAUUUCGCUAACGCCAGAAGGCCGCGGACACCCCAUGUUUGACGGAAAGCCCUCUGUGUUUGACGCCUUCACGAGUCAUUAUGACGAGAUCACACACCUCCGUCCUGGAGGGUUGGUACUGUGUGGGAAUGCCUUCACGUCGGUCCAAGCUGUCGCUGUCCGCCAUUUGAAGGGAGAGUUCUGGGGGCUGCAAUACCACCCGGAAUACGACUUGCGCGAGAUCGCCAGGUUGAUUCUUGCGCGGAAGGAACGCCUGGUCAAGUACGGCAUCUUUCGAUCCCUUGAAGAUGGAGACAAAUACGUUGCCGAGCUGGAAGCACUGUAUGAUGACCCAUCUCGCAAGGACAUUGCGUGGCGGCUGGGCUUGGACUCGGAUGUCUUGAACGAGACUGUACGGUACACGGAGAGUCGCAAUUUCAUCAAGCAUCUUGUGAUCCCCUACAAGUUGUCGAAGCAGGUCUUGAAGUGAGAUGGCACGAAAAAAUACGAUAAAACUUUCUGUCUGAGUGGGUGGUGUUGAAAAACACCAAAUGAAGAGAGGCAUCCACUGCCUUGGUUGGGGACGAUCGUGGGGCAUGCCCUGAAUGGAAGUUGAUUUAAGCCGACGACGUAAACUUGGUCACAGCCUUCGUGCCUUCCGACACGGCGUGCUUGGCCAACUCGCCGGGAAGCAUGAGACGCACGGCGGUUUGAAUUUCGCGAGACGACAAAGUCGACUUCUUGUUGUAGCGGCUGAGCUUGCCAGCUUCCGACGCGAUGCGUUCAAAGAUAUCGUUGAUGAACGAGUUCAUGAUGGACAUGCCGCGCUUGGAGAUGCCG